AUGUCGUCGAGAGCGGGACCGUCGGAGUCUCAAGGUCCGAUGAUGCAGAGGCGGAUAACGCGGACGCAAACAGCUGGAAAUCUUGGAGAAGCUAUUUUUGAUAGUGAGGUUGUACCUUCUUCUCUAGUUGAAAUUGCUCCUAUUCUUCGUGUUGCUAAUGAGGUUGAGAAGACUCAUCCUAGAGUCGCUUAUCUCUGCCGGUUUUACGCGUUUGAGAAAGCUCAUAGGUUGGACCCCACUUCAAGUGGUCGUGGUGUUCGGCAAUUUAAAACUGCUCUUCUUCAACGUUUAGAAAGAGAAAAUGAUCCAACAUUGCAAGGAAGGAUAAAGAAAAGUGAUGCCCGUGAGAUGCAGAGUUUCUAUCAGCAUUACUACAAAAAAUAUAUCCAAGCUUUACAAAAUGCUGCUGAUAAGGCCGAUCGAGCACAACUAACCAAAGCAUAUCAGACUGCUAAUGUUCUUUUUGAGGUUUUGAAAGCUGUUAAUAUGACCCAAUCUAUGGAAGUUGACCGUGAGAUUUUGGAGACUCAAGAUAAAGUUGCUGAAAAAACAGAGAUCUUAGUUCCUUUCAAUAUUCUUCCUCUUGAUCCUGAUAGUGCAAAUCAGGCGAUAAUGAGAUUUCCGGAGAUCCAAGCUGCUGUAUUCGCUCUUCGUAACACAAGGGGUCUUGCCUGGCCAAAGGACUACAAGAAAAGAAAAGAUGAAGACAUUCUGGAUUGGCUUGGGGCAAUGUAUGGGUUUCAGAAGCACAAUGUGGCAAAUCAGAGAGAGCAUUUGAUCUUAUUGCUUGCAAAUGUAUACAUAAGACAAUUUCCCAAGCCUGAUCAACAACCAAAGUUGGAUGAUCGUGCACUGACAGAAGUGAUGAAGAAGCUUUUUCAAGAAUUCCAGAAUUUCCUUGGUACUGAUUCUUGGGCUGAUUAG